CCAACACGCAACACCCAGAUCAAAUUAAUCACCCAGAACUCACUUUUGGGAUCACUGAGAACAUACCCAUCUUCUGAAAACUGGUUUUUCUCUCUCCAAGAUCCCUGAUCUUUCUGGGUCUAUUUUCUCUCUCUUCUCUCUCUCUUGAAUCAAUCACCAUGGACAAGUUUUUCAAAACCAUUUUGUUUCUUUGUUUGUUGGUGUCUGUGUUUAUUUCAUCUUCUGCUCAAAGUUGCUCAAACUACAGAUUCUCUAACAACAACCUGAACUACAGCACAUGCACUGAUCUUCCUCAGCUGAACGCUUUCCUCCACUGGAACUACCACCAAGCAAACCACACCGUCGACAUAGCAUACAGGCACACCGGAGCUACCUCCGGCCGGUGGAUAGCUUGGGCACUGAACAUCAACGGAAAUGGAAUGCUUGGAGCUCAGUGUUUGGUUGCUUUCACAAACUCAAGUAGUCUUGUUCAUGCAUACACUUCGCCAAUUGGCACAGGUUCCAGUGAUUAUGGCACUUCACUUGCACAAGGGCCUUUGAGCUUUAACGUACCAAGCAUCAGAGCAGUUUCUACUAGUAAUGAGAUGACUAUCUUUGCUACUUUGGAGCUUCCAAGUGGACGAACCAGUUUUAACAAUGUGUGGCAGGAGGGUCCGCUUUCUGGCGACACUCCUGCUGCGCACUCAACGAGUUCUGCAAAUGAGAACUCUUUCGGAAGGGUGGAUUUUGCCACCGGAGAGGCUGGUUCAGGUGGCGGCGCAACCAUCCCACGGCUGAAGAAGAAAAAUAUUCAUGGAGUGUUGAAUGUGGUGGGUUGGGGUAUUAUGAUGCCUGUUGGUGCUAUAAUAGCAAGGUACUUGAAAGUGUUCAAGUCAGCUGAUCCAGCCUGGUUUUACCUUCACGUUGCUUGCCAAUCUUCAGCCUAUGUCAUCGGCGUUGCCGGAUGGGCCACCGGAAUCAAACUCGGCAGCGAUUCUCCUACCUUCAAAUAUAACACCCAUAGGAACAUUGGCAUAGUCCUAUUCUGCCUUGGAACACUUCAGGUACCCUCCUCUUCGACUUGGAUGGUAUCCGUCAUGACAUCUUAAAUUAUUAUUCGUCAGUACACUCACAAUGACUCGGCUGAGUUGACCGAAUCCUCUCCAACAAACCACAAGUCACUGGACUCGUGGUUAUACAGAACGCGAAUGGAAUAUGCCAAUUAGUAUUGGUCGAUUCUUUGAACCAUGGUACAUGCUAGAAUGUACUAAUAUUGUCUUCGGUUGUUGUUUAGGUAUUUGCCCUGCUUUUGAGGCCUAAGAAGGACCACAAAUUCAGAUUAUACUGGAACAUCUACCACUAUGUGGUCGGAUACACCGUCAUCAUCCUCACCAUCAUCAACAUCUUCGAAGGUUUCGACAUCUUGAAACCCGCCAAGAAAUGGAAGAAUGCCUACAUCGGAGUUCUCAUAUUUCUGGGCGUCGUCGCCACUCUGUUGGAGGCCUUUACAUGGUACAUUGUGUUGAUGAGGAAGAAGAAGGCAGGGUCCGAUAAGCAUGCCCAUGUUGGCAAUGGAGUAAACGGGUACCAUACUAGGACACAGCAGGCAGCAUAGAUUGUAUUACGUGCUCGGUUACGUGGGGGUACGGAAUGCACAUGUAACGUCUCGUCUUCUUAUUAGAUUGUGAUAUCACGUGUUGACAUCACUGUUAUACAGGGUAUUUAUGCCACGGUUAGGGUUUUUUUGGAUCCCAUAUGUUGAGGGAGAUUACUAUUAUUUUGUGAUAUUUUAGUGUUAUUCUUUCUUGCUCUGAUUUUUGUGUAGAUUAAGGUGGUGGUCUUUGGACAUGGAUGCAGUAUAGUUUUUCUCGUGUCUGUAUGUACACACUUCCCAUGUUUCUUUGUUCUUGUUAAUUGCGUUCCGUUGAUUUUUUCUGUUGUUUUAUAUUUUGAAUUUGAAUUAUUUAGCGGCCUGUUGAUG